UGACAUGUUUAAGCGCCUCCCCGGUCAAGCCAUGCACGCAUUGGAUCCCAGCGCAGAUGCGGUCUUGUUCUGCGCCGCUUGACGCUGCAUGGCGCGGCCGAUGGGCCGAUGCCUGGGGCCGUCGAGUCGGAUCUCUUCGAAUGUACCAGGAGCCUCAACUCGCUGGCGAAGGCUUCGAAGUGGAAGGCCAGCUUGCAGCUCCUGCGGCACGCGAACCAUGGCCUGGUGCGCCUGGACGCCUUCGCGUACUGCGCAGCGGCCAGCAGCUGCCAGGAACCUCCGCGCUGGCGCACUUCCCUGGAACUGUGGCGAGUCUGCCGGGUGAGCCGCCUCCAGUUGGACACUGCGCUGGCUGCCGCGGCCAGCAGCGCUAUCGCCCGGCGAAGAGAGUGGGAGAAGGUGGUCUCCUUGGACGUGGAGCUCAGGACUUUACGCCUCGGCGGGUCCGUGGGCUUUUGCAGCAACACGCUGCAGAGCCUCCGACACGACUGGCGCAAAGCGCUGCAGCUGGUGGGCCUUUCGCUGGCUGCCAACGUGCGCCCGGACCCUUUGUUGGGCAACGGGCUGCUGGCCGCCUGUGAUGAAAGUUCCGGCGAAGCCGUGCUGCGGCAGCUGCCAAAGAUGCAGCUGCAGGUGGACGUGGUCUCCUUCAACUCCGUGCUGAGUUCUCUCAGCUGGCAUCGGGGCUGGGCGCUGGUGCAGCGCAUGCGCAGCCAGCUGCAGGAGCCGGAUGCAGUCUCCCGGAACUGCCUUUGCGCCGUCUCCGAUGGAUAUGCCUGGCGCUGGGCACUUUCCGCGGCGUGUUCGGCGGCGAAGGAGGGCCUCAGCAGUGCUGCCGCGGGCCUCUCACGAAUCGCCAGGUGGCCCUUGUCCUUGGCGCUGCUGGCGGGGGCCUCCGCGAAAUGCACCCAGCUGGACGUCGCCAGCUUCAACGUGCAGGUCACCGCCCUGGCCCGUGGGCUCCGGUGGCAGGCCGCCUUGCAGCUGGGCCCCAGGGAUGUGGUCACCGCCACGGCGCAGCUGUCUGCCCUGGCCGCCCAGUGGUCCCACGCGCUGGCACUGCUCUUCUCCAGCAAGGAGCUGCAGUCGGAGGCACUGAGCUUUCGGGCCUGCCUCAAGGCUUGCAUGGCCGCGAACCAGGAGGAUGUGACGCUCCGGCUGUUGAGGCAUGGCCCCGCGCCCACCUUGUCGAAGCGUGACGUGGAGGCUUUGGUGCUGCAGGCGCCCAGCUGCUCGUUGGCUCUGGAGCUGCUGAGCCGCCGCUGCAGCGCCAAGGCUUGUAGCCUUCUACUCCAGCGCUGGCACAGUUGGUUCUUGGCGCUGGCGGUGCUUGAGAAGCUCUGGCAUUUCGGCGCCCAAGCAGACGCAACGCUGGGUGCGGACGUUGCCAAAGGCAUUUUCACGGCGCGGUGGGCAUUUGGGAUCCAGAUCCUGGAGACGCUGCAAGCGAAGUCCGUGAGGAUGGACGUGAAGAACAGCAACAGCAUCGCAGACUCGGGUAUGGCAGCCGGAUGUUGGGCUUUUUCUUUGGACUUCCUGGCAUCUAUGCCGACCAGGUCUCAGCCCAUGAGCGUGGCCUCCUUCUCCACCGUGGCGGCCGGCCAUUUCGCCGGCGGCGGCAAUGGCGCGUGGCCCAGUGUGUGCCUGGGUCUCCGAAACCUGCGCCUCGCAGGCUUGGAAUUGGACAUGGUAGGCCUCAACGGCGUGCUUGGUAAGCUGGGCUCCUGGCAAAGGGCUUCGAGUCUCCUCUUCCUCUCUGAGGCGUCGGGCCACCAGUUGGAGAACCGCAGCUUCAGCGCCGUGAUGGCAUUUGCGAGCUGGCAGCAAGUCUUGGCACUGCUGUGGUGGAUGCUCGCCAGGCGGCUGCCGCCCGACCGAGUUUGCUGUGACGUGGCCAUCGGCUCCUGUGCGGCGCACAAAGUGGACAAGGCCUUGCAGCUCCUGCAGAGCCUUCCGCGGCACUCCUUGCAGGCCAGCUGUCGUGCUGCUCUAUCCUGCUGCGCCAAAGCUGCGCGCUGGGCCGACGCACUGCUGCUGCUAGGACCAGAGGCAGAUGCCGUGUCGUACGGCACAAGCAUUGCUUGCUGCGAGAAAGCUCAGCGCUGGGAGAUUGCCAUGCUGCUGCUGAAUCGCCGGAAGCACUUCGACAGUCCCGUACUCAACUCCUGCAUCAGUGCCUGCAGGCGAGGAAAGCAGUGGAACAGCGCCCUGAGCCUUGUCGCACGUCUGGAGUCUUCCGGGGUGCAGGCCGACGAUGUGACACUGGGCGCAACGGUGAGCUGCUGUGAGAAGGCCUUGCAGUGGCGCUGGGCACUGAACGCGUUUGGCAGCCUGCGGGAUGAUUCUGUACGACCAGACGUGGGCUACAAUGCUGCAGUCACGGCUUUGCAGGUGGCUGCCGCCUGGAAUCAGGCGCUCCGUGCGUCCGAUGCCAUGGGUCAGGAGAGCGUCGAAAACGACGUACUGACCUAUGUCGCUGUGGUCGGCUCUUGCAGGAGCUGGUGGCAAGCCCUCAGCGCCUUGCCGCUGGCAGAAGGGCCCAGCGGCGCUUUGGCUGCUGCCUGGGAGCCGAUCCUUGCGGGCUGCGAGCGCAGCCGCGCCCCUGUGGUGCCAGCACUCCUGGAGGAGCUCGAAGCCUUGGAGAUGCGCUUUUGGACGGAGCGCCGGAAAAAGACGAGACUCAGCCAGGGAGGUACCCUGCCAAAGGCGUGGCUCCGGUCCUUUGACCCCUUGCAAGUUCGCCAGCCGCUUCGACAGUCCCUGGCGCAGCUCACCUCCCGCCUGGCACGCCUCGCGCGCUCGGCGUCCUGGCGCCGCGCCUUAGACGCCGCGGACGCCGCGCGCGCCGCGCGCGGCCGGGCGCUGGACGGCCCGGCGGAGACGGCGCGCCUGGCGGCGCUGCGUGCGAGGUGGACAGCGUGCUCUGCUCUGCUUCAAAGGCUCUUCCGAGAUGGCCCGCAACUGGACGCGGCCAUGCUCAACGUCUUCAUGUCAGCUGCACCCUGGAGGUCUGCUCUGGGAGCUUUGCAGACCUUUGCAGCGAGGAGUGUCGCGCUGACCUCGCGAAGCGCGCUGGCGGCCUGUCGCGCUCGCUGGGCCCAGGGCUUGCAGUGGCUGAAGCCGCUGCACGCGCGCCAGGUGGAGGUCAACGUGGUGGUGCUCAAUGUGGCCAUCGCCGCAGGAGCACCACUGGGAGAGUUUGCCACGUGGCAGCUGGAGCCUGACCUCAUCUCCUUCAACUCCGCUGCAGACUGCUUGGCGAAGUCGGGGAAGUGGCAAGAGGCCCGGCACAGCCUUCAGCAGAUGGAGGAGCUCGGCCUGGAGCGAGAUCUUGUGUCGCUGAACAUCCAGUUGAGCGCCUCGGCCUGGCGCGCGUCCUUUGCCUGGCUGAAAAUCCGAGGUCGUGGUCUGCAGCCCGAUCUUAUCUCCUUCUCCGCCUUGGUGACGGCCUGCGAACGUGCUGGCAGCUGGGGUCCAGCGCUCGAGAUCUUCCGGCAGAUGCCCCGGCGGGCCUUGGAAGUAGACACCAGCUGCUGCAACGCCGCGGUGAGCGCUUGCUGCAAGGGUCAGAGCUGGACAUGGGGCGUGCAACUCUUCUCCGAGAUGUUCCGGUGGCACUUCGCCCCUGUGGAUAUCGCUGGCACAGCCGUCCUGGCCUGCUGCCGACGAGUGGAGGAGUGGCGGAGCUGCCUGGCGCUGCUCGGCUCGCUGGCCGAAAGCGACGCCGCGGAUGCCGCGGCCUUCACCUGCGCCAUGUUGGCCUGUGCCAAGGCAUCCACCCAGGCCGCCCGAAGAGCGGCUGAGGGACUGCUGCAGGAGAUGCGGACCUUGCGUCUGGAGGUGAAGGGCUCAGCCCUGAACCUGGACAUCGCCCUGCAGCAGGCGCGUGGGCGCUGGUGGGGCGCGCUGCAUGUGGUCGGCGCCUUCCGCGUGGCGCGUUUGCGGCUGGACGUGCAGAGCGCCUUGGGAGCGGUGGAGGGCACUCCCUGGGCACGGGCGUUGGAGGUGCUGGUGUCUUUGGAGCACUGGCGGCUGAAGCCGGACGUGGCGGUGGCCUGCGGCAUGCUCGGCGCCCUGCAAGCGGCAGCCAAGCCCCGGCAGGGCCUGCCGCUGCUGGCGCAGGCGGACCGGACAGCCCUGCAGGAGCUCGAAGCGUCGAAGCAACGCAGGCAGCUUGCCACACCUGCCCCGGAUCGAGAGUCGCGCGCUACCAAGAACGGUCAACGAAGCAACUUGAUCGUCAGUCUGCCGCUUCGCAUCGAACAGUUUUCCCUGCGUCAGCGAAAGCAGGCUGCACCAUGGGGCCAGUCCAGCAUGGAAUACUUUCUACGGCUGGGCCACGUCUACGGCACCUGGCCGCCAAACAGUGUCGUCCCUGAGACGCUGGCAGGGGUAAGGAAAGCUCAGGCCUGGCUGUACUCCAACCUGCAAGUGUUGCUGAGCCCUCCAGGGGACCGGAAGGUCAAGAUGUUCGAGGCCCCGGACCAGUACGAGUCCUUUUCCGCGCAGCUCCGCUACGGCGUCCGCGUCUGCGACGCCGCGGACGCCGCGAGCGGCGAAAGACGAGCGGUGGAGCGACACCUGCGGAGGCUCGUGGCCAGGUACCGCGGGCAGCUGAAGGAGCUCCUGAGCAACGCGCGGCUCAAUCAGAGUGUGCAGGGUUUCGGAGGUGAGAUCCUCCUCGCCGCCGCCGAACACCUGCGCCGAGCCCUGCCGUCCACAGCCUCCGGAGUCGACGGUGAGUGCCGCGGCGCGGCGAAGGCGCUGAAGGCGAAGGCGGAGGCCUUCCAUCGAGAUACGCUGGAGGGUUUCUUCCAGCUCUACGCCGGCGCGGUGUGCGGUAGCUGGGCCCAUCAGCUGCCGGCGGCGGUUAUGUACCACCACAGCUCCGCGCUGAAGCUUCCGGGGUACCACCGGGGCUACAUCUUGGGCCACCUGCUGUCCUCUUUGGCCCCAGCACGCCGCGCCGACGCCGGCUUCGGCGAGAAGCCGUGCCUGCGGGCGGUGGAGAUCGGAGUCUUCGAGGGGGUCACCUCAGAGCAGGUGCUUCAACAGCUGCCCUGUUUACACUUGCUCUCCGUGGACCUCGCGCCGCGGCUGAACGCCUGGUCCAGGCUCAGGAGCUUCGGCAACCGCAGCAGGCUCUGGCGUAUGAGCUCCGCCGCCGCCGCCGGGCGCUUCUCCGCCGAAAACGAAAAUGAGGCGGAGGCGUUGGACUUCGCGUUCAUCGACGCGGAUCAUAGCUACGCGGCCGCCAAGGAGGACAUCCAGCUGUGGUCUCCAAAGGUGAGGCCCGGCGGCAUCGUGGCCGGGCACGACUACUCGGCUCUGUGGCCGGGGGUGGUGGAGGCGGUCCACGAGUUCGUGGCCCGGGAGCGCCUCACGCUCCACCUGGGCGCGGAUCACAUGUGGUGGGACCAGCCCAACUGGCACAGGGCCGCGGAUGCUACCUUGGAGGUUGCCUGCGCUUCUCUGUGCUCGGCGGAUCCAGAAGCACCCCAGGUGCUCUCCGCUUCCCUGCGUGCUUUGGGCCACCUGGCGCCGGCCUUGCAGUCCGAGGCUCUGGGUUCUGCAUCGGUGCAGCUGGCCUGCCGGGUGCUGGAACCGCAGUUCCGGAGCCUUGAAGGAUGCCAGCUGCAGGCUCUCCAGCUACUGCGGACCCUAGCGAGAAAGCAGCCUGCUGUGGCCGCCCAGGGCGCCGUGGUGGCUGCCGCCUUUUCUGCAGCCAAAGAUGCGGCACCUUCGGUGGACGACCUGGAUGAGGUGAGCAACACCGCUUUGGCUGGGCGAGCCUGCUUGCGUGCGCUGGCACGGGCGAACCCGGGAAAGGUGGUGCCUCAGGUGCUUGAGGCAGUCCAGGCCGCAGCACAGAGUGCUGACGCCAUGGAUCGAGCGGCUGCGGUUCAUGCGGUCGCCUUCGCUUUGUCCGGCGCGCGCGAGGCGCCCCCUGGUUGGGCAGUUCCACUGGCCCGAGCCUUGAGCGAUUCCGCGGUCUGGGUGCGGCAGGCUACCUGUGAGGGUGCAGUUCUGCUUGCAGAAGAGCUCAAGCCGUCGCCCAGCGUGACACAAGGCUUGGACCUGUUGCUGAGCGCUCUGCUGGAGCUGUUGCCCCGGGAGCCUCAACAUGAGCUCCUCGAAAAGGCUGCCCUUGCAGCGAGCGCCAUUUUGGAAGAGUACUCCACGGAUGAGGCGGCGGCGGUGCUGCCGAAAGCGCCGAACAUCUUCCAGGCGAUGACCAAAGUGUCACACGCUCUGGCAAGUGGCGACGCAGAAGCGCGGCAGGAAGGGGGCAAGGCAUUGGCUGCGUUGGCGCAAUGCCUAACCAGCUUGGCGGGCGCCUGCGCGGAUACCUUCGCCCCUGCGGCGCCUGAGGCGGCCAAAGGCCUCGUCGCCUUGUUGCGCGCCUGCCAUACCGGAGGCAAUCCGGCAGUCUUGGCAGCGUGCUUGGAGGCGGCAGGUGCAGUGAUUGCCUCAGCUUGGUCGGAGCAGAGCUUCCAGGGGGAGAAGGAGGAGCUGGCCGCGGCGGCGCGGGCGGUGCUGCUGGACCGAGCUGCGCCCACCGAGGCGCGGGCCAGCGCCCACGGCUUCUACGGCCGCUGCGCCAUGGCGAGCUUCGAGGACUUCGGCCCCAACUUGGAGCUGGUCCUGCCGCCGGCGCUUGAGGCGCUGCGUCAGGAGAGCGGGGAGCUGGUGAAGCAUGGACGGCGGCGAGCCGUCCGCACGGGCGGGCACGAGGAGCGCUUGGCAGCAACAGAGGCGAUCGGCAGCUAUGCGGCUGCCUGCUCCGCCAGAUUUGCGCCGCACCUGCCGGCGGCGCUGCCGGCGGUGUGCUCGCAGGCGCGGCACCCCUGCAGCGAGGUCCGCGCUGCCAGCGCGGAAAGCCUGGCGCGCAUGGGCCGGGUGCUUGGGGACCUCGCCGGAGGUAUACCAGACUCAGACCGGCAGGCAGCUGUGAGCCUCGCUGAGGCCCACUUCGCUUGGUUUGAAUUGCUGUGA